ACAUUUUCCAGAAAUAUCUUAUCCUUAUGGUUAUUUCGAAGACAAUUGCGAAGGCCGAGAAAGUGAUUUUUGUGGAAAACGAUUGGUUGCCAAUGGCAGCAGCAUGGCGUCCGAACAUGGAUGACGUUAAUUCGGUAGUCGAAUCAAAGGGAAACUUUGGAUUGGUCCUUUUUCCCAUAUCUUAACACUCCAUUUCUUAUACGGAACUCAUCUCUUCCUAUUUUCCCCACCCACUCUCUCCUUUUCCUCCAUUUUCAUCGCCUCUGUUUCUGUUUCUGUUUCUGAUUUUGAUUCCGCCUUCCAAAAUAGCAAGGAAAUGGCAUCAUCUCACUUCUAUUUGUCCCUUUCCUUGCUAUUUUUGGCUGCCGUCUGCACCUUCCAUCAUCAGCAGGUCUAUGCAGAGGAACAAGUUCUAAAGUUCAAACUCGAUGCUGAUAUUCUUCAGGAGUCUAUCGUUCGGCAUGUAAACGAACACCCACAGGCUGGCUGGAAAGCUACCAUGAACCCACGUUUUUCGAACUAUUCUGUUAGCCAAUUCAAGUACCUGCUUGGCGUCAAACAAACUCCUGAAAAGGAUUUGAAAAGUACCCCUGUUUUAUCCCAUCCCAAGUCUUUAAAGUUGCCAAAAAGCUUUGAUGCAAGAGAAGCUUGGCCUCAGUGUAUCAGCAUUGGAACCAUUCUAGAUCAGGGGCACUGUGGUUCUUGCUGGGCAUUUGGUGCUGUUGAGUCACUUUCAGAUCGAUUCUGCAUUCAUUUUGACAUGAACAUUACUUUGUCUGUUAAUGACCUUUUGGCAUGCUGUGGGUUCAUGUGUGGUGAUGGCUGUGAUGGGGGUUACCCGAUUUCUGCAUGGCGAUACUUUGUUCGUCAUGGAGUUGUUACUGAACAGUGUGAUCCAUAUUUUGACACUACUGGUUGUUCCCACCCUGGCUGUGAACCUGCAUAUCCUACUCCUAGAUGUGUCAGGCAUUGUGUAGAUAAGAACCAGAUUUGGAGAAAAACAAAGCACUAUGGUGUUAGUGCUUAUAGGGUUAAAAGGGAUCCCAAUGAUAUCAUGGCAGAAGUUUAUAAGAAUGGACCAGUCGAGGUUUCCUUCACAGUGUACGAGGAUUUUGCUCACUAUAAAUCUGGCGUUUACAAACAUAUUACCGGCGAUGUAAUGGGAGGCCAUGCUGUGAAGCUUAUUGGAUGGGGAACAACGGAUGAUGGAGAGGAUUAUUGGCUUUUGGCGAAUCAGUGGAACAGAGGCUGGGGCGAUGAUGGCUACUUCAAGAUAAGAAGAGGAACGAAUGAGUGUGGGAUUGAGGAAGACGUUGUUGCUGGUUUACCCUCAACUAAAAAUAUUGCCAGGGAGGCUGCCAUAUGAUCCAGAUGCUGCUGUUUCACAAUCAAGCUUUGCUCAACCAAAGAUAUGUUUUAUGUGUCCUUCAUUUGGAUUAGAACUAUUUAUGCAUAUGAAGUUGGUUAAAUGCUUUGCUGAAUGUUUCCAAGUAUCUGUGUUUUAAACAAUUAGUAGGAUCUUUGAAAAGAGAUACUAAUCAAAUAACGUGUUAAUAUUCUUGGAGAACGAUGGUCCUUAUAACAUUUACCUUUCCAGUA